UUGUCAACUUUUUCUUCUAUAGAAGUUUCCAGGCCCUUUAUAAGAUUCACUGAAUGAUUAUUGUCUUGCUAGCCUUUUACUUUUGAUCGAUCGAAUAUCACAGACUCAUAAGUGGUCUUUUUUCCUUUCCUAUUGCUGCAAGUUUCUGGGUUCUUUCCUUCUGCUGGAAGUCGCCAACUCUUUCAACUUUCUGUGAUUAUUGCUUUUUAUUAGUGGCCAAACGAAUCUCCUAGUUUCUGAGCACUUUCCUUACCCCUGCAAGGAAAGUUACUCGUAUAGGCCAUUCAGUCUGCUAGUCUUCCUACUAAGUAUAAAUCUCGAUCUACCUCAAGGGUGCUGGGCAAAAAGUUGUAAUCAAUGGCAUCCUUUUCCUCGCCUCAUCAACAGAACAAGAAACUUCAUGCUUUCUCUGGAAUUGAGUCUGUGAGGAAAAGGAGAAAAGUAGAGGAGUCUUCAAGGUUGUUCGAUGUAUUCAUCAACCAUAGAGGUCCUGAUGUCAAACAUACUCUGGCUAUUCAGCUUUACGAUUCUCUUAAGAAUUUAGGCAUACGGACAUUUCUUGAUGCUGAAGAGAAGGAACUCGGAGACUCGUUUAUAUCUACCAUUGAGACUGCCAUUAGAUCUGCUUCAGUGCAGAUCGCUAUCUUUUCCAGAGGAUAUGCAGAGUCGCCUUGGUGUCUUGCUUAGCUGGUUCUCAUGUUAGAAAGUAACGCCAAAAUUAUUCCUGUUUUCUAUCAAGUGGAGCCAUGGGAACUCCGUCACAUAGAAAAGGGAGUCUAUGCUGAUGCUUUUAAUAAAUAUGAAGAGAAGGGUAGGUACCUGGAGAAGCUGAAGGAGUGGAAGGAAGCCCUUCAAUCAGUUUCAUUUACAACAGGCUACCAAUUCAGCAAUUCAGAGGGCUGGAAACAAAUAGUGUUAGCAGUACAAAGAGGAAUACAAAGGGCAAAAUCAUUACAUGUUGCAAAAUAUCCAGUAGGACUUCCCAAGCUUGUACAGGAUUUUGAAAGGGGGUGCCUUGAAGGGCUUGUUCGAGAUUUUGAAAGCCAGUGCAGGAUGAGCAAUGAAAGUGAAGGAAAGGCUCAAAUUGUUGGCAUUUUUGGAAUGGGUGGGGUAGGCAAAACAACUCUCAGCAAAGAAUUGUUCAACAAAAGGCGCUCAAAAUAUCAUCGAGCAAGCUUCUUGUUUGAUUUGCAAGAAGCAUCUUCGAGAGGUGAGCUACCUUCAUUGCAAGCGAAACUCCUCAAAGAUCUCUUUAAUGAAGAUCAUUCCAAUUUUCCAAGUGUGGAGGAUGGCACAAGCUGUAUCAAGGAUUGCAUAGAAAAGAGCAACAUUUUAAGUGUCCUAAUUGUCCUAGAUGAUGUUGAUCACACGGAACAGAUAGAUGCUCUUUUGAUUAAGGAGAUGCUAAAUAAAUCAGUCAACAGUCUGGUGAUUGUUACAACUCGUGAUGUAGGAGUCCUCAUAAGUGCAGGAAUUAUGAUUGGUUAUAAUUUAAAAGUAAUGGAUACGGAUGAUGCGAGAGAGCUAUUCAGUUGGCAUGCCUUUGGCAAACCACACCCAGAUCUGGAGUACAAGGUUCUAGUUGACGCCUUUUUAGAUGUGUGUAGAGGCUUGCCUCUGUCUCUUCAAGUUCUAGGCAGACACGUUUGUGGUAGAACCCAGCAUUAUUGGAGGUUAGAAUUGAAUAAAGUUCACAAGACCCUGCCUCGAGACAUACUGCAAAAACUUAAAAUAAGCAUAGAGGCGCUCGACUACGAGGAAAAACAAAUUUUCAUGGAUAUUGCCUGCUUCUUUGUUGAGCAAAGGAAGAGUAUGGCGAUCGCAGUGUGGGAAGGUUCCGGAUGGAGCGCUCAACAUGCACUGGAAACACUAAAAAGUAAGUGCCUAGUUGAAGAAAUACAACAGUCGGGAUGGAAUGCAUAUAAAUGGAAAGAGGUGGAGAUAUUGAGAAUGCAUGACCACCUGCGGGACUUGGGCAGAGAAAUGGCAGAUGAAUUGAACCAUCCUUCUCGCCUCUGGCAUCCUCAAGAACUUCAAUCUUUGGAAUCGAAAGGAUUCCAAUACAUCCUUGCCGAAAGCAAAGGCAGAUGUUUCAACUCCAUUUUUGACAUGUCCAUGCGUUCUCAAAUUACAUAUUUUCUGGGGGAAUCAGAUCGUGGUGCUGAGAGGUCAACUUCUUUGCUAUGGCUUCAGCUUGACAUGACUUCCAGUGAAGAGUGCGAUGACAUCCCUGCAUGGAUUCCACUUCAAAACUUGCAGUGUUUAAGAAUCAGUAAGGGAUAUCUCAAAAGAUUGUGCCAGAGCAAUGUACAGGUGCCCUCGCGAUUGAAAGAGCUGCAGAUUUGUCAAACCGUUUUGGAACAGUUUCCAGAUUUUUUGGGAGUAUCAAAUAAUUUAGAAACAGUUGUUUUAGAUGCAGAGCACAUGCAAAUAGAAGCUUGGUCUUUACUACAGCGCCUCAGAGUAAAUCUUCACUCUUUAGAUAUUAGGUCUUCAAGGUUAAAAGGGAUGCUGACUUCUAAUGAUGAUGAAAAGCAGAGUACCUUCAAGAGUCUGUUUAUCCGGGACUUCAAUCUAAGUUCAGAAUUGGUUUUGAAUAACCAAUGGUUGACUAGUACAGGAUUAAGUGGCCUUGAAAAUCUACAGAUUGGCAGCCAAAAAUUUGUAACCAAGAUUUUACUUACAGGAAUUUGCUGUCCAAACCUUAAAUUUCUCAAAAUUUAUGAUAUAGAAAAUCUUAUUGAAAUGGAUUUAAGAGGGACAUGGACAUUGAAUUUUCUUGAGAUUACCAAUUGUGAAAAUUUCAAAAGACUGUUGAUAGCAUCUGAUGUUACAAAUCUUGUAGUAGUUAACAUCAGUCACUGCCCAGAGCUUGAGGAGUCAAAUUUAAAUGUGAGCUGCCUGGCAAAAAUGACAAUUAAAAAUUGUUGGAAAAAAGUGGCACGAAUAGGUGAAGGUGGGAACCUUGUAGAACUAAAAAUAAGUGAAUGUUCAAGGCUUCAGGAAUUUGGGUUUGCCCCUCUCAGUUCCCUGGAAUUACAAUUGAUAAUUGUAAACAACUGAAAAGUGUGUCACCACUAUCUGAUCUCAGAAACCUAGUAGAAUUAAGCAUUAUUAAAUGCUGGGAGCUUGAGCAUCAAUUGUGUCUUACAGGCCUGAACUCUUUGGCGAGUAUUACUAUUGUUGAAUGUGCAAAGCUGCAGAGUAUAAAACUGCCACCGAGACUCAUCAAAAUCACUCUGCAAGCUUUAAGAGAAUUAGAAACAGUGGGGCAGAUGUGUGAUCUUACAACAUUAAGGGAGUUGUCCAUUGCAGGAUGUCCAAAGGUCGAGGAGUUGAGUCUUGCCCUUUUGAGCUGCCUGCAAAAAAUUGAAAUUCACACUUGUGAGAAGUUGCAGAGCUUAACACUCCCAACAGCACUCAUCAAAUUAAGUAUGAAAUGUUGCAAAGAAUUGCAACUGGUAGCAUGAAAUGGUAAUCUUACAGAGCUCAAAGAGCUUUCUGUCAGUCAAUGUCCAAAGGUUGAGGAUUUGUCAAGUCUUCUCUGGCUGAGCAACCUAAUGUGCAUUGAAAUUCACAAGUGUGAGAAGCUGCAGAACAUAAUGCUGCCAACAACACUCACCAAGCUCAUUCUGCAAGGUUGCAGAGAACUGAAAAGAGAGUCAGGAAUUGGUGAUCUUACAAUGCUUACAGAGCUAUCAAUCAGUGAAUGUCCAAAGUUUGAAUUGUCAAGUCUUUCUGAAUUGAACCGCUUGGAGAGGAUUGAGUUAAACAGUUGUGAGAAGCUGCAGAGCAUUAAACUUCCCACAACACUCAUUAAACUAACUCUGCAACGUUGCUGGGAAUUGCAAACAGUGGAAGGCAUUGGUGAUCUGACGAAGCUUACAGAGCUGUGCAUCAGUGAAUGCCCAAAAAUUGAGCUGCCAAGUCUUCCCCAAGUGAGCUGCCUGCAGAGGAUCGAAUUCGACAAUUGUGAGAAGCUACAAAACCUAGCAGGUGUUAAAGAGUUGCAUCUACUAGAAACAAUGCAACUUUCAUAUUGCUCCAAUGCAACAAUACGCAGUUGCAUUUCCAAGUUGCAGAAUGUGCCGUCUGACUGUAUUCGAAUAAUUGGAAAAGCAUCAAUUGGAGUGGAGUCAACUUUAGAUCACUGCCUAUUUUAUGACUGUAUUGCCACCGAUGCAGUCAGUGAAAUUGAUACUGACAAAACUGGUGUCUACAAAAUAAGAUCUCUGUUGAGUGCAGUCAUUGUGUGCACUGUGGUUGUGAUUGAUAGCCUUAUUUCAGUAGCAGAUGUAAAUGAAUCACUUCUAUGCUGUUGUAGAGAGAAAUUUUAUAGUCAUGGCGUCGGAUUUAACAUGCAUCAAGGAGAAUGGAUAAUCACAAUGGUAACCACCCAGCCGUAUGACAUAUUGUCUUACCAUUCUAGUAGGCAAUUUGAAGAUGUUUUUCUAGAGCAUGGAAUAAUGAAGAAGGGAUUCAGGUUAACAGUGAAGAAAGGUCAAGAGCACCAAAUUCUCCAUAUAUUACAAACAAUUACUGAGAGGCUAUAUGUGGUAUAAACACAAAUUAUGGCAAUUUCACUUUCAUAUUGCCCUGUUUAGUCUGCUGGAAUGGCCUCUCUUGCAUGGAGAAUGUUACUUAUUGUUUAUUGCAUAUUAUUGUAAUGGUGAGAUUUGUUAUAUUAUUAGAAUAUUUAAUUCUAUAUUAGUCACCUAUUUUUA